CUAAGUCACAAUUUUGACUAAAAAACGGUAUUUGUUCCAACUGAAAUAAGAUAAGGUCAGAAUUGUAAAUGAGCGACGAAGCAAAGCCAGGGCAUAAAUAAGUACGACGAUAUCUGCUGUUGCGCUGUCGAAUCUAUUGCUUUUAUCCUUGGAGGGGUUUUAGGGUUUUUGUGAUUCGCAUCUUAUUUAUCUCCUUUUUCACAACUCCACCGUUACUACAACCGCCAUCGCCAUGACUACCCAAACUCAAGAAGAGCUUGUCGCUGCUCAACUCGAACAGCAGAAAAUCACUGAUGAUGAGCCUGUUGUUGAGGAUGACAAUGAUGUUGAGGAGGACGACACUGAUGAUGACAAUGAUGAUGAUGUAGAAGGGGCAGAUGGAGAUGCCAGUGGUAGGUCUAAGCAAAGCAGAAGUGAAAAGAAGAGUCGAAAAGCCAUGUUGAAGUUGGGAAUGAAGCCUAUUACUGGUGUCAGCAGAGUCACUAUGAGGAAAAGCAAGAACAUUUUGUUUGUCGUCUCAAAGCCGGAUGUGUUCAAGAGCCCAACAUCAGAGACAUAUGUGUUCUUUGGCGAGGCAAAGAUUGAAGAUUUAAGUUCACAACUUCAAACUCAGGCAGCAGAGCAGUUCAAGACUCUAGACUUGAACAAUACCAUUUCCAAGCCUGAAACUUCCGCUACAGCCCAGGAUGAUGAGGAGGUUGAUGAGGAAGGAGUUGAACCUAAAGACAUUGAGUUGGUCAUGACACAGGCUGGAGUUACUAGGGGUAAAGCGGUCAAGGCACUCAAGGCUGCCGAUGGAGAUAUCGUUUCUGCUAUUAUGGAGUUGACCACUUGAUGAAAAGUCUUUGGCUGAUGUUCUAGUUAGUCAUUUUGUGCUACCUGAAGGAUCUAUGGUGUUAAAAUUUAAGGAAUUUUGAGUCUGUUUCUUUCUCAGUUGUAAUAUUAUUGAAAAUUUUGAGAUCAUUGUAUAAGUGAUGCAGAAAAGCACUUCUUUGAUUGGCUCA